AACCCAUUCAUGUCGUAAUUGGUUCCUCUUAUUUUUGUGACAACGUGAUUGCAUAGUGAACAAAACUAAAGUGAUAAACAGCAGAAGAACACUUGUGAUUGAUAAUAUGCACAAUAGUGACCAAUUUAAACCACAGUAAAGUGAACUUUAAACCACAGCAAAGUUAACUUUAAGCCACUAUACGGUAAAGUGAAAAAUUAAACCACAAUAAAGUGAAAUUUAAACCACAGUAAUCAAUUGUGUUCAAUCAAACAGUAAAGUGAACUUUAAACCACAAUAAAGUGAAGUUUAAACCACAAGGAAGUGAACCUUAAACCACAAUAAAGUGAACUUUAAACCACAAUAAAGUGAACUUUAAACCACAAUAAAGUGAACUUUAAACCACAAUAAAGUGAACUUUAAACCACAAUGAAGUGAACCUUAAACCACAAUAAAGUGAACUUUAAACCACGUCGUCUUGUUAAUCCAUCAAAAGAAGAAAAAGAGUUUUAUCUUCACCAGGAACCUGUAGAUGUACAUAUUCCAACCAGAUCAAGAUCCCUUGAGGUAAAGCGACGAUAUUUGAGCCGGAAACAGAUCCUGCAGAGCUUAGAGGAGGAGGAGAAUAUGGAGGAACCAGGAUAUCAUAAAUACUUCCAUCCUAUCUAUCCUCCAAACCUAGAGGACUGGAUUGAGUUCAUGGAGGAGGAUGGAGAGGAGAGAAGACGGGGAGAUAUCAGCUCCGAGUCCAGCUCGGAGUCAGGAUCUUUUCCAGGAGAGAGAUUUAGUAGAUGCGUUCUUAUUCAAUCCAUUUCAGAGGAUGUAAGUAAUUCUGUGGAAUCGGGUCUAGAGGACAACAUCAAGAGCUUUGAGGACAAUAUGAAGGCUGUAAAGGACAAUCUAAAGACGGAGCAAACCUGCGGGACGGACAAUAAUGACAAUAAUGAUUAUAUAACAGAUAAAUAUUCCUGUGAUAACCAACAGUAUUCUAACAGUGAUUCCCCGGCCCCUGUGAUUAAAUGUGCAGAUAACCCUAGCUGGUUGGACACCUUGAGGCUGGAUCAGCUGAGCUGGGUGGGCACCCUCGGUAUUGGGGGGUUUGGAAGGGUGGAGCUAGUUACCGCAGGAGAGAACAAUAAUAUGGCGUUUGCUCUCAAGAAAAUGAAGAAAAAUGAGAUUACUGACGAGAAACAACAGCAACAUAUUUUAAACGAGAAGAAAAUAAUGUCCAGUUGUUCAAAUCCAUUCAUUGUUAAACUCUACAGAACCUUCCGGGACUCCAGGUACCUAUAUAUGCUGAUGGAACCCUGCCUGGGUGGAGAACUCUGGACCAUCCUUCGGAACAAGAAGAGGUUUGACGACGAAUCUUCAAGAUUCUACACUGCUUGUGUUAUUAAAGCAUUUGACUACCUUCAUGAUAAAGGGAUAGUGUAUAGAGAUCUUAAACCUGAAAACCUUCUCCUGGAUUCAUCAGGAUACAUUAAACUUACAGAUUUUGGUUUCUCCAAGAGAUUAGAACCUGGAGAGAAGAGUUGGACGUUCUGCGGGACUCCUGAGUAUGUUGCUCCGGAGAUAAUUACUAAUAAAAGUCAUGACAACAGGGCGGAUAUAUGGUCGGUGGGAAUCCUGAUGUAUGAGUUGCUAAAUGGUGUUCCACCGUUCUCUAAGAAGAAUAGUUCCUCAGACCAGGUUUACUCCGAUAUUCUUCAGGGAAUGAAAUCCGUUAAUUUUCCGUCCUACAUGUCAGCUACCGCAGUAGAACUGAUCAGACAACUGUGUCGACUGUCUCCGUCCCAACGUCCUAGUCUUUCGGUAACCCGGAGAUACAUGUGGUUUGCCGGGAUGGAUUGGGAGGGUCUGGAGAACCGAACCCUUACUCCGCCCUAUUUACCAACUAUAGCAGGUGUAAAGGAUACAAGUAACUUUGACAAUUACCAGGAAGAAACCCAACAACCUGAAGAGAACUUUGCUGACUGGGAUAUUGACUUCUGAAGUUUAAACCCAUCCGACAAUUCAUGUACAGUGUACUGUGUCCAUUGUACAACGGCGAAAUUACAAUUAUUUCCAAACUACUCUUUAUGUAUGAUUCUACAUACUCCAAUGCAUUAUUGUUAUUAUUGUUAAUCAGACAAAUUACGCGUUUUUUAUGAAACGUUAAAUAAAUUUAUAAUUGGCAUUAA